AUGCCCCCAUUUGAAGCUGCUAGUUUGCUCGUCGACACGUACUUCGACCGCGCCCACUGGUUCAUGUUGAUCUUCCAGCAAGAUGACUUCCGGCAGCGAUGGCCGAAGCUGUAUCCACAACACUCAGGCCGACCAGGAGAUUUUACCAAUACCGCGUUCUUGUCCACCUUUCUUGUGGUCAUCGCAAUAGGGAUCCAUUACGUGGGCCCACAUCGGCAAUCACUACUCGCCAGACACGGCGUCGAUUCAAGUCUGAAGGAUCGUAUCCUAGCCUGUGUAAGGGCCAAACUCUUGGAUGUGAUGUCACUCGGUUCGCUGGAAGCAGCGCAGACCUGCGUGCUGCUAGGAACUUACUACUUAUACCAUGGUUGUCCUCGCCUGGCAUGGCCUGUGUGCGGCUGCGGACUCCGCAUUGCACAGGCCUUGCGCCUGCACCGCCGAUUACGGCCUUCGGAUUCCCCUGAUUUCCGCCAGCAGUAUGAAACACGGAAGCGGUGUUGGUGGGCUAUCUAUGAGAUUGAGACUUUUUCUGCCGUGGUAUACGGCUAUCCUCACAGUAUCUGGAAUGCUGAUUGCGAUGUGGAGCCCUUGGACCCGUCAGCCAAGCUGCAGGCCAUGCAAAGUCCGAGAACACCCAGCGAACUCCGGGCGCGCAAAACGACCUUGCUGUCCUACAAAUGCCUCAUGUCUGAGCUUUCAGUAGUAACAAAAGAAGCACUGGGCGAGUUGUAUCGCACCAAGACCUUUCCAGGAGAACAAGGAAAGCCGUCUCGCCCACGAAGAGACUUACAGGAUACCCUGAAAGCAGUGGCUAAGUACGACAGCCACUUACAGCAGUGGCAGGCCAAGCUUCCCCUCGAACUUCAAUGGGAGCGAAUCUCCGACCAGGCAAAUUACUUGACCCCAGAGGAAAUCGAUUGCGAUAUUGGGGCGACGGGGCCACGCUUCGAGAGCCACAUAUACCAGCUCCAGGCCAUGGCUCUGAUGCUGGCGUACGAGAAUGCCAUGAUUCUGACACACAGGCCUCUUCUGUCUUACAAGCUGCGGAGCAGCACGGAGCCUGAGGCUCUCCCUGCCAGCUCGGACCGAGCUGAUCAGCCAAGGCCUAACCCCUUCGUCUCGUCGAUAGAGGCCUGUCGCACUGCAGCGCUGAGGAUGGCCUCUAUCCACUCAAGCCCAGUUCUCAAGCUUGUCGCUGAGACCUACGCCGUGACCUUCGUCAGUAUACAUACUUUUACCGCGGGAGUCACCUUGGGUAUUCUGUGUAGCAUGGAUCCCUUGAAUCAGCAGUCCAGUGCUUCCAAGCUAGCCCUGCAGAAUGUGAUGGAGAUCCAGGAGACGCUAAAAUCGCGCUCGGUUGUGGCGGAGCAAGGACUAGACAUCCUCCAGCGACUGACCAGGCUUGUAAUGCAGAGGGAGCUGGACGUGCUGCUGGGUAAGGCUAAACGCACGACUCCACAAUCGAACAGUCCUCGUAGGCCAUCUAGUCAAGGUCUGUCAGACGAGCUGCAAGUGCUCUCCGGGGACGUGGCAUCUCAAGUCCCUACUUCCGGGGGCCUAGUGACCCUUAACCGGGGUGCGUCCAGCGCCCUACCCGGCCCAGAUGACAUUUUCUACAUCAACGAUCCUGCGAUGACGGAUGCACUGCUCGACUUCGACCAAGCAUUGCUAUCCUAUGCCCCUCAACCUUUGGGAGAACAUGAAGAGACGGCAGAGAAUCCGAUUCUGUGGCCGCCAACCCUGGACGGCUUUCCGAUCCUUGAACAGACCUGGCUAUGGGAUCUCGACAACGACCCUUUCUUCAACGCUGACCUCGAAAAUUGA